CUGCUGCUGUUUUUCUACUUUAGUAUGAACAAUUAAUUGUUAACUCUUUUGCUCACUUCUAAUUUUACAAAUAUUCUGAACUUUUCUGCAUUUCUGGUAACACACUACAAACUAACACAAACUAUCUAUCAAACAUUACAAACAAGACAAGCACGAAUAAAGCUAAAUCAAAACAGAAGAGAAUAGAAGAGAAAAUGAUGAUUCAGAGAAAUUGAAUGAGAGUUCUAAUUUAUUUUAUUAAUUUUCGCUGCCGUACUUUCCCUUGAGAAAACAAAAACAACUCGAACUCCAUCGUUCCAACCCCCCAAACUCUCAGUUCGAAUGAGUUUCCUUUUAUUUUAUUUUUCGUUUCAGUUUCAGUGACACCCUUUCAGAACCCUUAGAACCCUUAUAGAUAUGAUUGAACAGAGCGGUUUAUUGCUAUGUGUGUUCAUAUGCUUCUUGCUAUAUCAUGCUGUGAGGGCUGAGAUACCAUUAGGUUCUAGACUUUCGGUGGUUGACAAUGGCAGCUGGGUUUCCAAAAAUGGUAAUUUUACCAUUGGAUUUCUUAAGAUUUCGGAUGAGCCUGGCCAGUUUAGUUUUGGCAUUCGUUUCAGCGACAAGUCUAUACCGUAUAGUCAACAAAGAAUGGUGUGGAGUGCUGACUUUCUGUAUGGAGUAGGUAACAUGUCCUAUUUCCUUUUCACCACAGAUGGUGAAAUGGUCCUGUUUGAUGAUCAGGGAAUGCCUUCAUGGAGCAGCCAAACCAGUAACAAGGGUGUCGUGUCGGCUUCUCUUCUUGACAAUGGAAAUCUUGUUCUAAUUGAUAGAGAGCAAAAGGUCAUUUGGCAAAGUUUUGAUAGUCCAGAUGAUACACUUCUCCCAGGACAGUUUCUAUCUUGUGAUAAGAUGCUUCAAGCUGCAAAUACGAAUCUACUGUCCAGUUACUACACCCUGUCUAUGAAUGUUUCGGGACACUUGAUGCUCCUUUGGCAAGGUAUUAUUCCCUACUGGACAAGCCAAAACCCUUCUGUUCCGAAUCUCACUGCAUAUGUAACAAACAAUGGAGCUCUGCAACUUUUAGACAAAAAUCUUAAUGUUGUUUGGACCGUGUUUGGAGAAGACUACGAUGAAUAUGUUAAAUACCGGUUUCUUAGGAUAGAUGUGGAUGGCAAUCUCCGCUUAUAUUCGUGGGUGGAGGCUUUGCAGUCAUGGAAAUCUGUCUGGCAAGCUUUUCAGAACCAGUGCAAGGUUUUUGCGACUUGCGGUAAACGGGGGGUCUGUGUUUUGUCUUCCUGUGGUACUGCUGAUUGUGUGUGCCCUUUCAACCAGACGGACACUGAUGAGACUUGUUUGAUUCCAUAUGAACAAAAGUGUAAACAUGGUUCCACUAUGAUCACAUAUAGGAAUAUACACCUAUUUGGGCUUUUCCCUAUUGAUGGUCCGGCUAUCAAGACUAGCGUGAAUAAAUGUAUGCAAUUGUGCCAGAAUGACUCUAGUUGUACUGCCGCAACCUUUUCUAAUCAUUUUCUUCCCCAAUGCUCGAUAAAGAAAUCUGAGUAUGUCACUGGCUAUUUAGAUUGGUCUCCAGACGUGGUAUCAUUUGUCAAGAGUUGCUCAUCUACAUCUGCCCCAAAGUUCCCAUGUCAAAGUCAAAGCUCACCUCCAACAGAAGAAGAUUCUGAUAUUCGUGUUCCUUGUCUAAUAGGAAUAUCCUUAGACACAAUUAUCAUCGCUGUUGUCCUUCAACUCGGAUGUUUUUAUCUUUUCAUCUACAAAAGGAAAACCUCUACUAGAUGCAAAUACAAUUUACCUUCCGCAGACACAAAUUUAAAGGGCUUAGUUGUGUUGUUAUCUUUUUCAGAGAUCAAGAGCGUCACUGAGGAU